AUGGCUGCCAAACCCCCAACAUCCGACGGAGAAAUCUGCAAGGGCGCUCCAGUCGAGAUUGAAGAUGCCGAGAAGGUCAUGAAGCCCUCUCGCGGUGCAGAGGGUGACUACUCUGGCGCUGUUGCGAAGCACGACCCAGUCGAGAUUGCGCUCGUUCGCAAGAUGGACUGGCGAAUCAUGCCGACACUCUGGGCCAUGUACUUUCUAAACAAACUCGACCAAAAUGCCAUUGCCAACGCUCGGCUCAACCACUUCGAAAAGGACCUCGGCCUCAAGGGGUCCGAGUACAACACGUGCAUCUCGAUCCUCUACGUGGGGUACCUGUUCAUGCAGGUCCCGUCCAACAUGCUGCUGUCGUCGCGGCGGGUCCGGCCGUCGCUGUACCUGGGGGCAUGCACCAUGGCGUGGGCGGUGGCGGCGGCGCUCACGGCGUGCGUCCACGACUACACCGGCCUGGUGCUGGCGCGCUUCUUCCUCGGGGUGGUCGAGGCGCCCUUCUACCCGGGCGCGCUGUUCGUGCUGUCCCUCUUCUACACGCGCAAGGAGAUCGCGACGCGCAUCUCGAUCCUGUACGCGGGCAACAUCUUCGCCACGGCGUUCGCGGGCCUGAUCGCCGCCGCCGUCUUCACGACCCUGGACCGCCGCCACGGCCUGCACGGGUGGCAGUGGCUGUUCAUCAUCGAGGGCGCCGUGACGUUCGGCGUCGGCGCCGUCGCCAUCUGGCUGCUUCCCGACUUCCCGCUCACGACGCGCUGGCUGACGCCGUCGGAACGGCAGCUCGCCCACGCCCGCGUCGAGCGCGACACCGUCGGCCUCUCGUCCGCUGGCGACAAGGGAGGCCUGCGCGAGGGCUUCGCCCAGGCCGUCCGCGACCCGCGCCUGUACCUGUUCUGCCUCAUGCAAAACAUGCACCUGUCCGCGACGUCGUUCAACCAGUUCUUCCCGACCGUCGUGUCGGCGCUGGGCUUCGACUCGACCGUCACCCUGGUCCUGUGCACGCCGCCGUCGCUGGUCGCGGGCUGCGUGGGCGUCCUCGCGGGCCUGUCGAGCGGCAGGUUCAACGAGCGGACGUGGCACGUCACGCUGAUGAUGGGCACCGCCAUCGCCGGCUUCGUCGUCUCGGCCGUCACGCUCAACCUGCCCGCCCGCUACGUCGCGUGCUUCAUGUUCGCCUCGGGCUGCUACGCCGUCAACUCGAUCAUCCUCGGCUGGAUCAGCUCCACCCUCGCGCAGACCCCCGAGAAAAAGGCCGUCUCGCUUUCCAUCGUCAACGUCGUUUCCAUGGCGAGCUUCAUCUACACCCCGUACCUGUACCCCAAGAGCGACGGGCCCAAGUACGUCACCGCAAUGGCCAGCAAUGCCUGCUUCGCAUUCGUCAGCGUCCUCGCCGCCUGGGCCAUGAAGUUUUGGCUCAAGCGCACCAAUUCUCGUUUGCGAAGAGACAACCCAGACGAGAAUGUCGUUUACGCUUACUAG